UUGGUGCUCAUACAACACAGAGACAUUGUUUUCAAGAUGGCGCCAAUGUCGAAUGCUGAGAGACAAAGAAAAUACCGUGAAAAAAAUAAAACAAAAUGCAGAAAAAUACGAGGAGAAAAAAAGAAGCAUAGAGAAUACAUGAAAGCUGCUAGAAGACCAAUUGCAGAACUGACUGAAAAAGAAAAGGAAAAAAAGCGACGAGAAUGGAGACUUGCCAAAAAAAAACAAAAAGAAGGUGGUGUAACAAAACCAAAGAACAACAAGUGUUGUGCGUUAAAUGCACGAUUAUGUGAAAAAUUGAAGAAGCGAAUAACAGAUCAAAAGAAAGUUAUAGAUAAUAUAUUGCUGAAGAAACAUGCUUUACAAAAAAACCUAUAUAGACAUAAAAUUAAAAUUGAAGAGCUGCGCAAAUUGAUCUCAAAUUCAGAACGAACGGAAAACAAAUAUUUAAUAAACUCAUCAGAAAGUAAAACCAACAGUGAAUUUGUACCUACAGACAUUAAUGCACCAACUACCUCAUCCGGACUGACCACAACUGACAAAUCUGAAAAUGAAGAUUUACGUGAAAAAACUCCCAUGUCUAAAACAUUAUCCUUUAUAAAUGAAAAUAUUCCAUCCAUAUCCACUCCUGAAAAAAAUAAAGUUAAAAAACAGAUCCUGCAGCUGAAUGUGAUCAGUGCUUCGUUACAGACAGCAUAUGAAAAACAUGACAAUAAAUCAAAACAGAUCCUAAAAGACAUUGUUUCAUUCGAAGCAAUAGAAAAAUAUAAUCUGAAAACUGAUAUUUCGAAAUCAUUGGGACUGAAAGGGAGAGUAAGAAAAUUUCAGAAAAAAGGAAAGGACAUACAAAGAAGCUAA